CUCUGGUUUUUAGUGCUGUGCAUCUAGUGUUUUUUAGUUUACGUCUGUGGUUUUCAUAACCACACUUUUUUGAAUACGUAAUUAUUUUUUAUUAUUAUAAAAAGAUGUCAACAAACUUAAAACGGAAAUUAAAUGAAGAAAAACAGGAAGUAGUAGCCGAAAAAAUUAAUAAAAGGGAGCUCAACCUUGAAGAAAAAAUUUCAAAACUUGUAGAUGCAGUGGUGACUCAAGGGCCUUAUGGAAGAUUUGUUAUAACUACACCAACAACUGAGACAAGCCCUUAUGUAACUCUUCAAAACGCAGUUAGUUACAUGAACUUGACUUUAACAGUUUCCAAAUCUGAGUCUGAAAUAAACAGUUUCGUGUUACAUGUAAGCGGGCAAGAAUUUGCAAAAGGACGUUUUAGUAAUAUACAAGAUGCUAGGAAAGGAUUAGCUGAACAGGCUUUAAAUAAAUUAAAAGAAACGUGUUUUUUUAUAACAAGGAAAAGUGAUUUUGUAAACGUGACAAAAGGGAAUUUACAUGAAACAGAAGCCUUAAGUGAGACUGUCCAAACUCCUGCUUCUUCAGACAGCACAGCUUACAAAAUAAUGGCCAAAAUGGGGUGGUCUGGGGGCGGUCUUGGGGCCCAAGAGCAGGGCAAUUGCGACGCGAUCACAAUUUAUGAAAAUGUCAACAGACAGGGCUUGGGGACUAGUAAUUUAACAAAACAAAUAACAGAAAAAUUGGAGAGUUUUGCCAAAUCGUCCAGUUCGUUGACACUAGUUUUUGACUCCGAUUUUACAAAGGAGGAACGGGUUUUUAUACACAAAGCGGCACGGAAAUUUAACUUAAAAACUAAGAGUAUUGGAGGUGAGAAUAGAAAAAUAACAGUUUCAAAAAAUGUCAACAAGAUGGAUAUUGUAAAACAGUUGCUGAGGACAGGUGGCGAGGAUGGGUUUUACAAGUUACACAUACCAACCAAUUUUGAGCAUUUAUGGCAGUUUUAAUGUAUAAUAAUUUUAUUUCGAUUGAAACUAUAUGUAUAAUUGUGUUUGAGCAAGAAAAAAAUAAAUUAUUUAUUUGUCUCA